GAAACAACAACACCUAAGCAAAACAAUCACUACCUAGAGAUCAAAACAGAACAAAAAGCUCUUAUUAUAUUUAUUACCUUAACAUUAUUUCCUAAAAUUAGAAUUUAUUAUAAUGGACUUUCUCCUUCACCUUCUAAAUAUACCAUUUUUCUAAAGCUGGCAAAACAAACCAUUACUAUACUACUCUUCUUUCUUGUCUUCCCAGAAACUGAGCAAAGAGAAAAUCUCUUGAAUAAAAAGAAUAUAUAUAUAUAAAUAAACAAGAGAAGAGAGAAGAAGAAGAGAAGGGAAGGGACAACAAUGGUGUUUGAUGGUCGGCAUGUGCUUUUAGUACUCGCCAUUCUUUCGGUUGUGUUGUCUUCUACUGUCGUUUCUCAAAGAGGGAGACAUAUUCAGGGUGUUGUUUAUGAUGGAAGGUCUUUGAUCAUCAAUGGAAAACGAGAGCUUCUUUUCUCUGGCUCCAUUCAUUAUCCGCGUAGUACCCCAGAUAUGUGGCCAGAUCUAAUUCAGAAGGCCAAACAUGGUGGUUUGAAUGUGAUCCAGACAUACGUUUUUUGGAACAUUCAUGAGCCUGUUAAAGGCGAGUUUAAUUUUGAAGGAAACAAAGAUUUGGUGAAGUUCAUUAAAUUGAUUGGUGAACAAGGAAUGUAUGUAACGCUCAGGGUUGGACCUUUCAUUCAAGCCGAAUGGAACCAUGGAGGUCUUCCAUAUUGGUUGAGAGAAGUCCCUGACAUCAUUUUCCGUUCUGAUAAUGCACCCUUCAAGUACCACAUGAAAAAAUAUGUGAAGAUGAUUAUAAACAAGAUGAAAGAAGAGAAGCUUUUUGCUCCACAAGGUGGUCCAAUUAUUUUGGCACAGAUUGAAAAUGAGUACAACCAUGUCCAACUUGCAUAUAGAGAAUUGGGAGCUAGAUAUGUUCAGUGGGCUGCAAACAUGGCUGUGGGAUUGAAAAUUGGAGUUCCAUGGGUCAUGUGCAAGCAGAAAGAUGCUCCUGAUCCAGUGAUUAACACAUGCAAUGGAAGACAUUGUGGAGAUACUUUCACUGGUCCUAAUAAGCCCAACAAGCCAUCUAUUUGGACUGAGAAUUGGACUGCUCAAUACCGAGUUUUUGGAGAUCCUCCUUCUCAAAGAGCAGUAGAAGACAUUGCAUAUUCGGUAGCCCGGUUCUUCUCUAAGAAUGGAACUCUGAACAACUACUAUAUGUACCAUGGUGGGACUAAUUUUGCUAGAACAAGUGCUGUUUUCACUACAACUAGAUACUAUGAUGAAGCUCCUCUUGAUGAAUAUGGUUUACAACGGGAGCCUAAGUGGAGUCAUCUAAGAGACUUACACAAGGCUUUGAAUCUAUGCAAGAAAGCUUUGCUUUGGGGAACUUCUGGAGUCCAAAGGUUGGGCAAGCACACUGAGGUUCGGCUUUAUGAGAAGCCAGGAACAUCCAUAUGUGCUGCUUUUUUAACCAACAACAGCACCAAAGCCGGACACACUGUGAAAUUUAAGGGUGACACGUUUUACCUGCCACCAAGGUCCAUAAGUAUUCUUCCUGAUUGUAAGAAUGUGGUCUACAACACUGAAAUUAUUGUAUCACAACAUAAUGCAAGGAAUUAUGUCAGACCGAAAGAAACCAAAAAUCUUAAAUGGAAGAUGUCUCCGGAGCCCAUUCCAAAUGUUCAUCAACUGCAUGUUAGUAGCAAAAUACCAAAUGAGCUCUAUGGCAUGCUUAAAGAUACCACAGACUAUGGAUGGUACACCACCAGCAUUGAACUAAGUCGACAUGACUUGCCAAUGAGGCCUGAUAUUCUACCUGUUUUAAGAGUUGCAAGUCUUGGCCAUGCACUGCAUGCAUUUGUUAACGGUGAAUAUAUUGGAUCUGCACAUGGGAGUCAUGAAGAGAAGGGGUUUCUAUUCCAAAAAGCCAUAACCUUAAAGCCUGGGACUAAUCAUAUAUCAGUGUUGGGCAUGACAGUUGGACUCCCUGAUAGUGGAGCCUAUAUGGAGCACAGAUAUGCUGGGCCCCGAGCUAUCACAAUUCUUGGUUUGAACACUGGAACAAUCGAUCUUACACAAAAUGGUUGGGGGCAUCAGGUUGGUCUGACUGGAGAAAAUAAUCAUGUGUUUUCUGAAAGUGGAGCAAAGAAGAUUGAGUGGACUGAAGUCAAAGAAGAAGGACGAGCUCUCACUUGGUACAAGACACGGUUUCAUGCCCCUGAAGGUAAAGACCCGGUUGCUAUCAGAAUGAAUGGAAUGGGCAAAGGAAUGAUCUGGGUUAAUGGCCAAAGCAUCGGACGGUAUUGGAUGUCUUAUCUCUCUCCUCUUGGAAAACCUUCUCAAGAAGAAUACCACAUUCCAAGAUCAUACCUGAAGCCAAAGAAAAACCUUCUUGUUAUUUUGGAGGAGGAGAAAGCGAACCCAGACGACAUCGAGAUAUUAACUGUUAACAGAGACACCAUCUGUAGUAUCAUAACAGAGACAGCUCCACCCCACGUCAAAUCAUGGGCAAGGGAAGAAAAUGACAUUAGACCCGUCGUUGAUCAUUUACAUCCUGCGGCUCACCUCAAGUGUCCUAACCACAAGAAGAUCGUAGCCGUUGAAUUUGCAAGCUUUGGUGACCCAGAAGGCGCUUGCGGAAGCUUCUUUGUCGGAAAAUGCGACUCUGCUCUAACCAAGGGAAUUGUUGAACAGGAAUGCUUGGGAAAAUCAAGUUGUACAGUGCCAGCAAAGAGGGAGGUUUUCGACAAGAAUGGUGAUCAUUGCCCAGAUACAAUGAAAACGCUUGCGAUCCAAGUAAAGUGUGCUGCUAAGGAUUAAUGAGUAGAGGAUUGAAAAAAGUAAAAGUUGGGAUCGUCAGAAUCAAAAACAUGAGUCUCUUCAUAUUGUUUAAUGUUCUCAACCAAUCAACCAUUUAAAACUCUCAACCCUUUUCUUCUUUUUUUUCUUUUCUAUAUAUAAUACAUAAUUUUUUGUUUGGCAAAUAUACAAAACUUUAUUUGCUCCAAAGAGAAGCUAUAUUGAUUGAUAUAUUUGAUAGGAGAUGAUGGAUAUGCAUUCUUUUGGUUGAUU